AUGAAACGAUGGCACUACAUAAGAGACAAAUGUUCAAUUCCUUGCGAUGAGUUUCUGCUGGCUAUUCGGUUCGUCUUGAAUUCCACAUAUUUUUCUUUUAACAACACAUUCUAUCAACAAACCUUCGGCACUCCUAUGGGCUCUCCACUAUCCCCGAUUAUUGCUGACAUAACAAUGCAGGACCUGGAAAUUAGAGCACUUGAGAUACUGCCAUUUGUUCCUCUAUUUUUUGUCAGAUACGUGGAUGACAUCGCGAUGUCGGUUCCCUCUUCGUUAAAAGCCGCCACUCUUAACACGUUCAAUUCGCUCCAUAAGAGACUACAGUUUACAAUAGAAGAGGGAGACGACAAACGCUUGAAUUUCCUCGAUACCACAAUAUGCGUUGUAGAUGAAUGUAUCGAAUUUGAUUGGUACCAUAAACCGACUUUCUCCGGCAGGUAUCUUAACUUUUCGUCGUCUCAUCCCGCUUGUCACAAACUGGGCACCAUCAAAUGCUUAACCGACCGUGCAUUAUUGUUAUCUCAUCCAAGAUGUCAUCGAAAGAACCUCAGAUUCGUGGUAGACGUUUUAUUAGAUAAUGGAUAUCCGCUCCCUCUCAUUUUCCAAACAAUAAGAGGGAGAUUAAAAACAAUAUGUAAAAAUCAAAAGUCUGGCUCCACUAAUACUAUCAACACACACACUAGUGACACUCAAAACGUAAAAAGAUUUUUCAAUAUCCCUUAUAUUCCAAAUGUUUCCGAAAAAUUCAGACACGUAGUUCAGGACCUCAACCUGAACCUAUCAUACACUGGUCUCCAUAAACUUAGAUGUUUCAUCAAAGUACAUAAAGAUCCGCUCCCAACGCUGUCACGUAGUAAUGUAGUGUACAAAAUUUCUUGCAAAGAUUGCAACGCUUCUUAUGUGGGCCAAACAGGUAGACUUUUAUCUACAAGAAUCAAUGAGCACCGUAAACAUAUAAAUAGGAACACCAAACAACUAUCAGUUAUCACAGAACAUAGACAUUCUGGCCACGAAUUUGAUUGGGGUGGGGUUGACAUCUUGGAUGAAGAACCAUUUCUCUAUAGGCGUCUCAUCUCGGAAAUGAUCUUCAUUAAGCGCCAAACGAAUAGUCUCAACGCACAGAACGACACGGAGCUCCUGGGUGACUUAUACAAUCUAAUCAUCCAGGAGCUUAGCCAAGUUUAA